AUGGCCUCCACCGGUGGCGGCUGGGCCCAGCUGCGCCAGCAAGCCCGCUCCCUAGAAACGCAGACAGAAUCGUUGUUCCACACGUACUCGCAGUAUGCCUCGAUGACGAACAUUCCCCCGAAACCCACCGAUGAGGAACAACGCACCGAAUCCCAGAUCCGCGAGCUUCUCGAUAAGCGCGAUGCCCUCAUCGGCCAGCUCACCCGCCUCCUCGACUCUUCUGCCGACCUAACGUCCUCCGCGCUGAAACAAAACAACCUAGCCCGGCACCGUGAAGUGCUCGCCGACCAUCGGCGCGAGCUGUCGCGGCUGAAGAACACCAUCUCGACGGCGCGCGACCGGGCGAAUCUCCUCUCCGACGUGCGCAGCGACAUCGACGCGUACCGCUCCGCCAACCCAGCCCAGGCCGAGGCCGAUUACAUGCUCGACGAGCGCCGCCGUAUCGACAACUCACACAACAUGGCCGACAGCGUGCUGAGCCAGGCCUACGCCGUCAAUGAGAACUUCGGCUUCCAGCGCGAGACGCUCGCCAGCAUCAACCGCCGCAUCACCGGCGCCGCCAGCCAGGUCCCCGGCCUCAACUCGCUGAUGUCGCGCAUCAGCGCCAAGAAGAGGCGGGACGGCGUCAUCCUCGGAAGCUUCAUCGCCUUUUGCUUCCUCAUGUUGUUCUUCUUUUCAUGA